AUGCUUGUCUCUCAAAUCGCAUCUGUCAAGGAUACAGAAGUUCUUUCAGAGACUCCUUCCGACACUGACAACAUCUUCUCGAUCGCUGAUCCUGAACCACCCAAGUCCUUUGUGGUUUCGACACAAACCCUCACUGAGCGUGCUGAGCAACAAGAUACGAACAUCGAGGACGAAGCCCAUUCUCUGCUCGAGGCCUCAAUUACCGACGAUGUGGACGUCCCAAUGCAAGACGCUGCUGCCUCGGAUGAUUUACCUCGUGACAUAAGCGAGAAUCCAGUUUCGGAGGUACGACUCGUCCAUGCCGAGUCUCCUGAAGGCCGCCACGUCAACAUGGACGAACAGCUUCCUAUCCAGGCUCAGCACCCGAAUGACGAUCAGCACCCCGACCAAGAGGCACACUCGAUCCCAGAACAGCACUCCAUCACAACUCAGCAUCCUGUCGAGGAUGAUCCUCCUGUCGAGCAGCCUCAACUCGCCAAAGAAAAACAAGCAGUUGUUCCCGAGGCGUAUAUUCAGAAUGCUCACGAAGCACCAUUGCCCAACGUGGAUCGUAAUGUACAGUGUCCACAGACUCCAGCAGAUACGAUGCCGCCUACUCUUGUGGACACACAACAAUCUGCACGUGGAGUUGUUGGCCGCUCCAAUUCUCCGAGAGUGGCCAAAAACAAAAGGCAGGCGUCACAACCUGGCUCCGUCGUACGAAACUCGAACCUAACAGCCAAGCCUAGAACCAUUUCUUCAUCAUACACGGCUGCCCAAUUGUACCAGUUGGCCGAUUACUUGAAAGAGCAAGAGCGGCUGCAGGAGAAGCGGGACUGGGUGAAAGAUCUUGCUGCCAAACAGGCAGAGCUGGAGAAGACCAACCGCGACAGGUUGAGCCUUCAAACCGAAUGUGCACAACUCAAAGCCAGUCUCAAAAGGUAUUCCGGAAUAGCUGAGAAGCUCAAGACCAUUAUCAAUGCCUACAACGGCCUGGGUAAAGAUAUCAAGGGACUCCAAACCAGCAGAGCCAAGUAUGACAGGGAGUUCAGAGAGCUCAGGUCCCAGAUCUCCACCAAUCUGGAUGCAGUCACUAGCCUCCCAGAACAGAUCGCAAGGAUCGACAAGUUGAAGGUCAACAGUCUGAGCCUCAUCAGAGAAUGCAAAUCUUCUAUCAUGAAUUUGAGAAAAGAGAGGUCUGAUCUCGAGAGACGCCUCCGUGAAAUCUCCAGCUCGCUGGAACAGGAGAAGUCACGUCAAGCUGCCUUCGACAAGCGUAUCCAGACUUUCCAGACAGAAAGACGUUCUACUGAAGAGAUGCUCAACGGAUGCAUCAGCAAAAUCAGUGAUUGCUUGGGCGAGUUCAAGGCCUUCAUCGAACAGGGCACUUCUUCGAGCGAGACCUCUCGCGAGCUUCUCGAGCUGAUGAGGAAAGAGAACGAAGUCAUAUCCGAACAAAUCCGAUCUUCUGGAACGAAUAUGGAGACGGUAAAGACAUCGGUGGAGCAGCUAUCCUCGGGCCUCGAAAAGCACGUCAGAGAAUUGAAGGAAGCUAACAAUUCCAUCUCCAAAACUCGCUCAGAAAACGAGAACAAGGUCGUGACAGCUCUUGAGGCCAUCAAAGAUCAGUUCGAGACUUGGGAAGAUCUCAAGGAGAAGAACACCGCCUUACGAGAACGUAUUGUCGAGGAGGAACAGAACUCGAAGUCAAGCAAGGAGAAGAUUGCAAAGCUUGAAGAAAACUUGACCGACAAAACCAACGCCGAAGCGGAGCUCAGAAAAAGGAUCGACGAACUACAGUCCUCGCAGGCCACUCUAGAGUCGCACAAAGUCUCUGCGGAAGCCGACAAGGCCAAAUUAUUGGAGCUGACCACGUCUGAGAGCAAUCUGAAACAGGAGCUCGAAAAGCUGAAGAGUGAGAAGGCGGAAAAUAUAGCCACCAUUGCGUCAAUGGCAGAGCAGAAGACUACCCUACAGCGCGAGAAAGGAGACCUCCAGGGUCAGAUUGGUGAGAUGAUCAAAUUGCUUGAAGACGCACGAUAUGCAAUUCCCGACUUCGGUCCGGAGAAGGCCAGAGUUGAGGCAGAUGCCAAGAAACAGAUUGAUGAGGCCGUGAAUGAACACAAAAUCGAAAUUCGCAGGCUUUCCAUCGACUUUCGAAACGAGAAACUCAGGCUCCAGAAAAAGAAGGAAGAGGUCGAUCGUGAGCUCACGGCCAGAGAAGAUAUUGUCAGAGACUUGCAAUCUCAACUCGAUCGUCUGAAGCAAGCAUACGGCAACCGAGGUCCCGCCGCCUGGUCAGAAGAGUUGCAGCAAAAGAACACGGAAAUCAAACGCCUGAACGAGGAGAGCGCUGAGACAAGUCGUCGCCCUGAGAUACUGCAGCAAGAUCUCGAUUCGAUACGUCGGUCGGCCGAGGACUCCUUGAAGAAGGGAGCACAGGAACUGCAGCAGAGAGAUUCUCAUAUCAAGUCACUGAACGAGACGAUCACUGCCACCGAGAACAAGGUCAAGUCCUUGGAGCAAGAACUUGAAGAAGUCAAACGCUCCAACGAGGUCACUGUCAAUACCAUCCGGGAGGAUGCAACUCGAAAGUCCCAAGACGCCGAGGACCGGCUCAAAAUCAUGGAGACGCGUUUGUGUGAAGCCAGUUCUUCAAAACGUGCCCUUGAGACUAGCUUUGGGGAUCUUGAGAGAAGUUCUACUGAUGAGGCCGAACAGCGACAGAACGAGAUUUCGGAUCUGCGACAAAGCUUAGAGAACGCCAACAGUCGCCUCAAGGAAAUGGGCGAACGUCACACUCAACAACAAGAGGUGGUUCGGCAAAAGGACUCGAAUAAUGAGAAGCUGAAGCAGGACAUCGAGAAACUCAAGGAGGAUCAUGUCAAGGCUAAUACAGCCACCGUACAGAUUCUAAACUCUCAAUCACAGCAGGAUUUCCAGGAUCAGGCAUCAACUCCGCCUACCAAGAAGGUCAGAAGAGCAGUCAACAGAAAUGCUCGCUCGAUCUCGAAGUCUACCAGCUCAGCCACGUCCACCAGUGCAACUCAGCCCACAAGUGACAUUCCCGAAAGUACGCAGCCAAGAAGCACAGGUGCAUCUAUCUUCGGACCUUUCAGCGAGCCCAGGAGUAACAGCCAUAACAUCAAUCGUCUGAACAGCCCUCUGCAGGAGGAAGAGGAAAUGCUGGAUCUGGAUGACUCGCAUCUGCAGUUUCCAAAGACGAUCUCGAGACCCAACACCUCACAGUCAGAUUCACAAAGAGCAUACCGUCUUGGAUCCCAGGAGGAAUUGAAUGAAGAUGGAGUUAGACUCAGAGACCAGAACAACCUAUCACAGGCACAGACGCAAUCUGAGUUUCAGAAACAUGUCGCGUCUUCGUCUUCUCUCAGUGAGAUUGAAGACCUCGAUGACAGUCACAGAAAAGCGGCUUUGGAGGAGACACAGAGCCAGAACCGUUCGCAGAACCUUCAGCAGCAGUCCCAAGGUUUCGAACCAAGCACGCAGCAGCAGCACUCACUGGAUCUCAGCGCACGGACUCAGCAGCAGUCGUUGGACCUCAGCGCUUUCGACGAACUGGCUAUGUCUUCACAGCCUGGACUCGCGACACCUACGAAAUCAGGUGGCAGGAAUCUACAAGGUGUAGGCAAGAAGCUCACACCCAGACCGGAGAGCCAGCCCAAGCAGAGCAGACCUGGAGCUCUGCAUACGAAGACCAACAAGAAGCAGAGGACAGAAAAGGCGGCUCCUGCUGCUGCAUCAAGCAGCCAGCGCAGCGUUACCGCAACUCCACGCCGCUCUCAGACAACAUCUGGAACACCAGGUCCUCAGAGACGUCGCUCUACCAGAUCCAACAAGGAGCAGAACAUGGCGAACCGCUUCAACGACGAAAUCAACAGUCCACGCGUCGGUCGUUGA